AUGCCUUAUAGAGAUCUCAAUUUGAAAAUCCCCUUAAGUAUUGACGUAUCAGAUUUAGAAAAAAUUAAUAAGAAUUGAAGAGCCUUAAAAAGUUAUAUAGCAAAAGGAGUUCAUUGAAAAAUUUACUUAAUCGAGUUGCAAAAAAUCGAUAAAUUAUUUAUGGGAAAAAUUGGCAGUGCUAUUUUAAAAUUGCGGGAAAAGUGAAAGAUCAUAUAG